AUGAUUUCUGAUUCAGAGGAGAAGGCGAUCAGAGAAGAGAAUGUGAUGGUGAUUUCUGAUUCAGAGGAGAAGGCGAUCAGAGAAGAGAAUGCGAUGGUGAUUUCUGAUUCAGAGGCGAGUCCAGAAGUGCCUGUUCUAGUUGAUGUCGAAGAAGACUACGAGAUCGGAGCUAUGAUUGGUAAAGGAGCCUUCAGUGUAGUGUACCGAGCUGAGAAUAGGAUAACUGGUGAGAUUGUUGCAAUAAAAAAGCUUAGGGAUUCAGGUUUAGUAGCAAAGAAGGAGAUAGAGAUUCUCAAAAGAUUGAAGCAUGAUAAUAUCAUUUCAUUGAAAGCUCUGCGUUAUUCAGAUGAGAACAAACCCUGUCUUGUGCUUGAAUUCAUGGAUUAUGAUUUACUGUCACUAGCAAAUUAA